CGCGGGGCUGGGGGCUGAGCGCUGCUGCACAAAACGAAAACAAAUUUUUGUAUUUGGUUGUUGUUUGUUUUGCUUUUCGCCCGACUGCGAUAUUUACGCAAACUUGUGGCUAAAAAUAGGACUAGAUGCCGCAAAACAUUCAAAAGUAGAAACUUCGAACAAUAAUAAUAUUUUUGAGGCGCAGGUGUGCGCUCAUUUUUCAGUUGUACGUGACGAGCCCCCGGCCAAACAUCAGGCAGAAUACCUGCUCACAGGUAUCCCUAUCCCAGUCGCCAUGGAACAGCCCAGCGUCAAGCGGGGACAGCGCAUCCUCAAGGAGAAGCCUUUUGCGUUUGUCCUCAAGUCGCAGUAUCGUCUGGAGCGCUGCGACAACUGCCUGGAGGCGGCCAAGGUGCGAAAGUGUUCCAACUGCCGUUAUGUGUCUUACUGCAACCGUUCCUGCCAGACCCAAGCCUGGGCACAGCACAAGCACGAGUGCCCAUUCCUUAAGAGCAUUCAGCCACGAAUUGUGCCCGAUGCCGCCCGCAUGCUGUGUCGCCUCAUUUUGCGCCUCGAGCAUGGCGGCGAUCUGAUUCGUGGCUAUUAUACCGAGCACGGCUCCCGCAAGUUUCGUGACCUCAUGUCCCAUUAUCAAGAAAUCAAAAAUGAUCCAAAGCGGCUGGAGCACUUGGACUCGCUGCAUGCCGUGCUCACGGACAUGAUGGCCGAUAGCCCGAGCACAGUGCCCAACAAAACGGAACUGAUGAGCAUCUAUGGCCGUCUAAUCACAAAUGGUUUCAAUGUGUUGGAUGCCGAGAUGAACUCCAUUGCCACGGCCAUUUAUUUGGGCGUUUCGAUCACCGACCACAGCUGCCAGCCGAAUGCAGUGGCCACCUUUGAGGGCAACGAGCUGCACAUACAUGCCCUGGAGGACAUGCCGAGCCUGGACUGGUCCAAGAUCUUCAUCAGCUACAUCGAUCUGCUGAACACGCCCGAACAGCGGCGGCAGGACCUCAAGGAUCACUACUACUUCCUGUGCGUGUGCAGCAAGUGCACCGAUCCAACGGAGACGCGUGCCAUGACAGCCGCUGCCUGUCCCAAUCCCAAAUGCAGCGCCAGCAUCAACAUCGAGUGGCACAACUGCAAGCGCUGUUCGGUGGGCAUCAGUCCCAAGCUGAGGAACGCCUACAAUGAGAUCACGGCCUUGACCAAGCACAAGCUGGAGGCCAUGAAGGACGUGGCCUAUCUGGACGUGUGCAAGGUGUGCCUGGACAAGCAGGCGGGCCUCAUGCAUCCGCUGAAUGUUUGGCAUUUGAAGACAUUGGAUGCCGCCUUUGAGGCUGCCAUCGAGGUGGGCAAGUGGCAGGAUGCCCUCGACUAUGGCCAGCAGCUGUUGCCGGGCUUCCAGAAGUAUCAUGGACCAUGGAAUCCCCUCCUGGGUCUGCUUCAAAUGAAGCUGGGCAAGAUACAGCUCUACGAGCGCCAUUACAAGGAGGCCAUGCAUCAUCUGGCGGAGGCUCAGCGCAUACUGGUCGUCACACAUGGCCGCGACCAUCGACUGCUCGUGGAGCAGCUGUAUCCGCUUAUAUUUCAGGCUCGCCACGAGGCCAACUAACGCACACACACACAUCUUGUUGCAUUGUUUUUAUUAAGAAUUAAAGCGUAAUCUAAAGAACAA